UAUCUAUUUCGGCAAUCUGUUCCUUAGCUGUUAGUAUACGUGGAUCGCGAAGCGUCAAAGCAAGGGUCUGACCAAUUGUAAAAUCCUGGUAUUUCACGGAGAAAUAUCGUCAGUUUAACGGUUUUCGAGAAGAAAGUGGAGGACUCGCGGGAGCUAAUGACAAACUCGUCAUGAAUUUCAAAGGCAUUGUCUUUUAAGAGGCUUUAGAAGGAAAGGCAGCGAUGUCAUAUUUGCAUUUUGUUGGAUUUCUCUCAUUUUUACGACUGUCAGGUCUAUUCAGCCAUGGCUUGGUGAUAAGGAAUACCUCUAGUGCUGACGAGAGCUCUACCUCUACAAGUAAACAGCCACUUACUAAGAUAGGGAAUCCUUUCGAGUCUAUGCUCACCACAACGGAGUCAACUAUAGACUUGGCAACGCGAAAACAUAAUAGGAGUGAAGAAAUAAAGCCAGCGAACACACCGCCAUGGGAAUACCAACUGAAGUAUGAGGAAUUAGUGAUACCGGGAAGAAACGUUUCUGAUAUUCUUGAAAUUGUAUUUAAGAACUAUGACAAAAGGAUUCGUCCAUUUUAUGGAGUACAAACACUCCACGUCGAUUUGGACAUGUUAAUUCUGUCAUUUGGAGAGAUUAGUGAAACUAGCAUGGAUUUUGAGGUGGACUUAUACCUUGGCCAGUUUUGGCAAGAUCCACGAUUAGCUUUCGGUAUCAACAGAACAAUUAUCCUUGGGGGAAUAGCAUGCGAAAAGUUUUGGUUACCUGACACCUUUUUCGUCAAUUCCAUCGACACAAGAAUACACAGGAUGGUUUUCGCCAACAAGAAAAUAUGGAUAAAUCUAAUUAACGGAAGCAUGAUGUUAAGCGCAAGGUUAGUAACAAAAAAUUCGUGCAAGUUGGAUCUUAGGAACUACCCACUGGAUGAACAGACUUGUCACCUAGCCUUUGAAAGUUUUUCGUACGAGGAAAAAGACUUGAAAUACAAGUGGCGGUCUCCAGUGGAGAGUACGAUCUUCAUUUAUGACAAUGAAAUGGCACAGUUCGAUAUUGUGAGCGCCACGAGAUAUCUAAAACAUGCAGUGUAUCACUCUGACAUGUUCUCUGGUUUAACAGCGACUAUGAUAUUUCGUCGACGAUCUAUGUACUACAUUUUUCAAAUGUAUAUUCCUUGCGUGUGUGUUGUAGCUCUCUCUUGGGUCAGCUUCUGGAUAAAUCACGAGGCCGUUCCCGCCCGCGUGGCACUCAGUAUAACCACUGUAUUGACUAUAAGCUACAUGCGUGGAAACGUCAAUGCAGGGAUGCCACGUGUUUCUUACUUAAAGUCUAUCGACUACUUCUUACUUGGAGGAUUUGUGUUUAUAUUUAUGACUUUGUUAGAGUAUGUUCUUGUUCUGAAGCAAUCUCGCAAAAUACACGCGAUGAAUAACACUAAGAAGGAUGAUUGCGAGUUAAGCCAGGAUAAAGAAAAUCUGGACCGACGACCUCUUCUUGUAACUGUCGCAUUCGACGGCAAAAGCUACAAGUUUAGACAUUCUUUGGAAAACAUGGAAAAUGGCUUACACUCUUCUUACCCAAAAAGAAAAAGCUCCGUGCACGAUCGCACACGAAAGCAGAACCUGGCAACACGCUUAAAACCCUUCUUUGUCAAGAAAGGAGUUAAAGAGAACGAAGGAGUCAUACACAGAGUAAAACGCAAAUUUAGGUCAGAACAAGGAGUUCACUACUUAGAUCAGUAUUCAAGAAUUCUGUUUCCAUUGGGAUAUGCUGCCUUUUUGACCACCUACUUCGUUAUCUACAUGGUGAAAAAGUAACAGUGCCUGGAUGGGAUGAUUAAUUGUACUUUGGACCUACAAAGCAAGAACAGAAAAUAGUCCUAUCCAUUAAGCAGACGUUGGGAAGUGGUGUUAAGAGCAUAUACCUUGUUUGAAAGAACCCAAGUCAAAUUAAUUCAUGCUGUCGCUUGCUUUAUGACGUGUUCUCAAAUGGCCAGAUUCGCCGCCGUUGCUGCUCCUUUGUAUGACCGUAAACCAGUUGUAAAAAGGGAGAUUUAUUAUUAAAAUUCAAGGAUGAUGAGAAAAGACAGCUUUGGUCUAUCUGAUCGAAAGCCACACUACCUCGCGCGUGGUAAAUUGUAUCGUAGCAUUGUUAUCGCAUCAAUAGGAAUUUAAAUUAGCGAUGAACAUAACGUGUUACUUUCUACUGUUGUAAGGCGUUCC